GUCAAAUAUCAGUUUUACUGUGAAGUCCUACAAUAUCAACAUCAACUAAAAUGAGUAACACGUUAUCAGACGACCACAUUGAAGAGUUGAAGGAUGCCUUUAAUUUAUUUGACAAAAAUGGUGAUGGUCGGAUAACAACAAAUGAGCUAGGAACUGUCAUGAAAUCUCUGGGACAACACCCGACAGAGAUGGAACUAAAGGAUAUGAUAAAUGAAAUUGAUGUGGAUGGUAAUGGAACAAUAGAAUUCCCGGAAUUUGUAGCCAUGAUGGCAAAGAAGCAACAAGAUGGCGGCGACCCAGAAGAAGAUUUGCGGGAAGCGUUUAAAGUAUUUGAUAAAGAUGGAAAUGGACAAAUUAGUCAGUCCGAAUUAAGACAAGUAAUGCUUAGUCUUGGUGAGAAUUUAACAGAAAGCGAGAUUGAAGAAAUGGUUGUAGAGGCAGACCUUGAUGGAGAUGGUCAGGUUAACUAUGAAGAAUUUGUUGGUAUAAUGGCACAAAAGAGGUAAAUUCAUGUACAGAGGUACAGCUACAAUAAGUAUAUGGACUUAAAUACGGAAAAUAAAGUUCUAUGACAGUUUUGUAACAUUUGUGGGAAAUCUACCAUGCAAAAACAAUGUGCGCUUGGAAUUCAUUAGUACUUAUUAUACUAAAACAAUCUAAAUGAAAAUGUAAUUUAUAAACUCGAAUUUGUUUUUUUGUACAAAAAAAACAUAAUUGUAUAGGUGUA